GAGGGAGGAGAGAGAGAGGAGACAGGCCGUGCAGCAGCCGCCGGCGGGAUGGAGGUGGAGGUGUCGGAGGAGGAGCGGGCCGGCCCGGCGGCAGCAGGGAGGCCGGGCCCCGCGGGGGCCGCUGCCGCCCCGGGCGGCCAUUACGAGCUGCCCUGGGUGGAAAAAUACAGACCCAUGAAACUGUGUGAAAUAGUUGGAAAUGAAGACACCGUGAGCAGGCUGGAGGUCUUUGCAAAAGAGGGGAAUGUACCAAAUAUCAUAAUUGCUGGUCCCCCAGGCACAGGUAAAACCACCAGUAUCCUCUGCUUGGCUCGUGCUCUGCUUGGUCCUGCAUUAAAGGAUGCUGUUUUGGAGCUGAAUGCCUCAAAUGACAGAGGCAUUGAUGUUGUGAGAAAUAAGAUCAAAAUGUUUGCCCAGCAGAAGGUCACACUCCCCAAAGGUCGACAUAAAAUCAUCAUCCUUGAUGAAGCAGACAGCAUGACAGAUGGAGCCCAGCAAGCACUGAGGAGAACAAUGGAGAUUUAUUCCAAGACAACUCGUUUUGCGCUUGCCUGCAAUGCCUCUGACAAGAUCAUAGAACCUAUUCAGUCCCGGUGUGCAGUGCUGCGUUACACCAAGCUGACAGAUGCACAGAUCCUUGCAAGACUCCUGAAAAUUGUUGAAAAAGAAGAUGUGCCAUACACAGAUGAUGGGCUAGAAGCCAUUAUCUUCACAGCCCAAGGAGACAUGAGACAGGCAUUAAACAACUUACAGUCCACAUAUUCUGGAUUUGGCUUUAUAAACAGUGAAAAUGUCUUUAAGGUGUGUGAUGAGCCUCAUCCUCUGUUGGUGAAAGAAAUGAUACAACACUGUGUAAAUGCAGAUAUUGAUGAAGCUUACAAGAUUCUUGCCCACCUGUGGAGACUUGGAUACUCUCCAGAAGAUGUGAUUGGCAACAUCUUCCGUGUGUGUAAGACCUUUCAAAUGCCAGAAUAUCUGAAACUGGAAUUUAUCAAGGAAAUUGGGUACACUCACAUGAAGAUUGCAGAAGGUGUGAACUCACUGCUACAGAUGGCUGGGCUGCUGGGCAGGUUGUGCCAGAAGACAGCAGCACCCAUGGCCAGUUAGGGCUGGCAGCAGAACCCUCAGCUCUACCAGGCAUCAGCUCCACCUCUGCCCAGGGUUCUGCACCCAAACAGCCUUGGUUUGGCUAAAUCAACACCUUCUACUGUAAAAAUGAUUUGUACUUUUUAAAUUUAGAUCAAUAAAGCUUUAAGUUUACUUUAA